CCAUCUUUGUUAUAAAUGGAAUCAUCAUCUUGCAUUGCAGAAAGCUAUAGGAUAUCAGCUUCUUUGUCUUGUUAUGGCUUUCCCCUCUUUCUUUCUUCUUCUUCUUCUUCCUUUGUUUUCUUUACCCUCCUUUUCAUUUUCCCAGCCAUACAAAAAUAUAACUCUAGGCUCAUCUCUCAUUGCAUCUCCACGCAACCACACCAAUCAUUCUUACUGGUCCUCCCCUUCUGGCGACUUCGCUUUCGGUUUCUUAGACACUGGAACUAAUGGCUUUCUACUUGCUAUUUGGUUCAACAAAAUCCCUGAAAACACCAUCGUCUGGUCCGCUAAUCCCAACCAUUUAGUCCCCUCUGGAUCCAUUCUCCAACUCACCACUCAUGGUCAGCUGGUGCUUAAUGACUCAGCAGCCAACCAAAUAUGGGCCGCAAAUUUCCAAACUGAAAACACAACGGUUUCCCAUGCUGCCAUGCUUGACACCGGCAACUUCAUCCUUGCCGCUGCUAACAACAAUUCCCAAGUAGUUCUAUGGCAGUCCUUUGAUGAACCCACUGAUACUAUUUUACCAUCACAGGUUAUGAAACCGGACACCAUUCUCAUUGCUCGCUUUUCAAAAACAAAUUACUCAGACGGAAGAUUUCAUUUGAGGAUGGAAUCUGAUGGGAAUCUCGUGCUGUAUACAAGAAUUGUUCCUCUGGGUUCUCAAGGGAAUCCUUAUUGGUCAAGUAACACCGUGGGUUCUGGGUUUAACCUUGUUUUUGAUUUGUCUGGCUCCAUUUAUGUCUCUGCAAAAAAUGGAACUGCUUUAACCUAUUUAACCUCAAAAAAUCCUUCCUCAAAUCAACACAAUUUCUACCAUCGAGCCAUUUUUGAGUACGAUGGUGUUUUCAGGCAAUACAUUUACUCCAAGAGUGAUGAGGCUUGGAAGAGUGUUUCAGAUUUCAUUCCUUUGAAUAUUUGUGCGAGUAUAAAUAAUGGGUUAGGAAGUGGAGUUUGUGGGUAUAAUAGUUAUUGUGUAACAGGGGAAGAUCAGAGACCAAUUUGCAAAUGCCCACAAGGGUAUUACAUGGUUGAUCCAAAUGAUGAGAUGCAAGGUUGCAGACCAAGUUUUAUUCCUCAAAUAUGCUCACUUGCUGAAGCAAAUUCAUUCGAUUUUUUUUCUAUUGAGAGAUCAGAUUGGACUGAUUCUGAUUAUGAAGGUUACUCAGGAACAAAUGAGGAUUGGUGCAGAAGGGCUUGUUUGGAUGAUUGUUUCUGUGCUGCGGUCGUUUUCGAAACCGGAAAUUGUUGGAAGAAGAAGUUUCCUCUUUCAUUUGGUAGAGUUAAUCCUGAUUUUAGAGGUAAAGCUUUGAUCAAAAUUAGAAGGGAUAACUCUACUUUGAUAGAUGAUAAUCUUGUUAAGAGAGGAAAGGACAAAACUUUGUUAAUAAUUGGAUUAGUCCUGUUGGGUAGUUCUGGAUUUCUAAUCUUCAUUUCAUUGCUGGCUGUUCUAAUUGUUUACCGUAUAAAGAAAAAGAGAUCCGAAGGUGUUAUGGGAAAGGUAGCAGCCUCCAUAGGUGUGAAUGUAAGAGCUUUCAGCUAUGAAGAACUAAACAAAGCCACAAAUGGAUUUACAGAGAAGUUGGGCAGUGGUGCUUUUGCCACUGUUUAUAAAGGGAUUCUUGAUGAUGAUGAUUGUCUGGACAAGGACAACAAAUUGGUAGCUGUUAAGAAGUUGGAGAUUGAAGUGAAAGAAGGAGAGCAAGAAUUUAAAGCCGAGGUGAGCGCGAUUGCUCGAACAAACCACAAGAAUUUGGUUCGACUGCUCGGUUUCUGCAACGAACAUCUACACAGACUGAUAGUGUAUGAGUUUAUGCCUAAUGGGUGUCUUGCAGAUUUUCUUUUUGGGCCAUCCCAAUUAAAUUGGUACGAGAGAAUUCAACUAGCUAGAGAAACAGCUAGAGGGCUUUGUUAUUUACAUGAAGAAUGCAAAACUCAGAUUAUUCAUUGUGAUAUUAAGCCUCAAAACAUCCUUUUAGAUGAGUCAUUGAGGGCAAGAAUAUCAGACUUCGGUUUGGCGAAACUUUUGAAGGAAAAUCAAACUCGAACCACGACUGCAAUAAGAGGAACUAAAGGGUAUGUGGCUCCAGAAUGGUUUAGAUCAAACCUUCCCAUUACAGUGAAAGUUGAUGUUUAUAGCUUUGGGAUCGUGUUGUUGGAGAUUAUAAGUUGUAGAAGAAGUUUUGAGUUGGAAGUUGAGGAUGAAAAUGAGAUGGUGUUGGCUGAUUGGGCUUAUGAUUGCUUCAAAGAGAGGAGAGUUGAUAUGUUAGUAAGAAAAGAUGAUGAUGAAGCAAAGGGUGAUAUGAAAACAGUGGAGAAAUUGGUUAUGAUUGCAAUUUGGUGCAUUCAAGAGGAACCAUCUUUGAGGCCUUCCAUGAAGAAAGUUCUACAAAUGCUUGAGGGAGUUGUUGAAGUUUCAAUCCCUCCUGAUCCAUCUUCAUUUAUCAGCACAAUUCAGUAACACAUCCGAAUUUUCUUACAUGAAUAAAUUUUAGUAAUAUGAAUCACUCUCCAUAAGUGUAAUUUUUAGUUUUGUUGGUGUAUUUGUAUUUGUAUUUGUAUGAACAGCUAAAGUUUUGAGAUGUAUUUUAUUUAUGCAAUCACAAUCAUUAUAAAUAAUUUCAAUAAUUCAAUUCCAUCACUUAAUGUAUUUCCUCAAGUGAUAUAUGAAGUUGUUUUAUUAGGUGAGGUGGCCACAA